CCCCUCUCUCCUCCUCUGAGCUCUGUUUACCAGUCCGGUGGUCUCCGUCCGUCCCCGGUGCCGCUGUGAGUCUUUGUCCGCUGAAACGGUGAGGAUGUGCGGGCUGCAGCUGCUCCGGGAGUCGGUCCAUGAGCGGAUGAUGUCCGCCGCGGAAGCCUUCCUGCUGCAGCUGGAAAAGGGAGCAGCAGAGGCGGCUGGAGUCCCGGCGCUGAGGGCGCUGCUCACCGAGCGGCUAACGGCGGCGGCGGAGGAGAUCGUGGCUCUGCUGGAGGAGACCGUGGCGGAGUACGAGGAGCGCAUGCAGCGCUCAGAGCGGGAAAUCUGCCGCCAGAGGAGGCUGCUGGAUGCCGUGAUGAAAGAAGCCCAGGUCAAGAUCCACAGAGCAGACUCGCUGCACUCUGAGGUCCUGGACCACAGAGACCUGGAACCUCUUGACCCUGCAGACCUGAACCAAUCAGAGCCUGAGGGAGAGGAGAACCCCGCCUCCUGCCCGCCCUCUCCUCGCUGCUCCUCCCCCUCCUACCACCAGCCGACCUCCAGCUCGUCCGCCCAGAGCGAGGAGGAUCAGGACAGCGACUGGAAGAGACAGAGACCUCUGAGGUCAUCGAAGAAGAAGAAGAAGAAGAGAGGGCGGCCGCGGCUCAAAGCCACAAACAAACCGCCGCCGGCCGUCAAACCCAAACGGAAGCGGUCGGCUCCGUCCCAGACUUUUAACUGUCACGUCUGCGGCCGGACUCUGCAGGGGAAAGGCUACCUGCUCAAGCACGUCGUGCAGCUCUGCGCUCACGACCCCGACUGCCGCUGCGGCUUCUGUGGCGAGAAUUUAGACUCCGCCUCUGAGCUGGCGGCUCACCUGCAGAUGCAUCAGGAGAAGAGUAAGACGUGCUCGUUCUGCGGGAAGACGUUCCACUCCAUCCUGGCCCAGGAGCUGCACCUGCGUCUGCACACGGGGGAGAAACCAUUCACCUGCGGCAUGUGCGGGAAAAAGUUCAGUCAGAAGGGGAACCUGGCGUCGCACAUGAACGUCCACGCCAAAGACAAGCAGUUCAAGUGUUCCAAGUGCAGCCGUGCCUUCUGCCACAUGUCUUCUCUGGAGCGCCACCUACAGGAGCACCGCGAGGAGCAGGUGGUGCACACCUGUGGAGUCUGUGGUCGGGAGUUUAAGAAGGGGCUCGGCCUGCAGCGUCACAUGGCCAAGCACGAGAGGACGGACAAACCGAAGAGACUACGCGGCACGGCGCCGACUCACCGUUGUAAAGUGUGCGGGGACGUCUUCCAUAGGCGGACCUACCUGGUGGCUCACGUAGAGACGCACCUGCAGGACGCCGACCGCUGCUGUGGACUCUGUGGACAUCAGUACGAGUCCGCCGCCAGCCUCGCCGCCCACCUGCACUCCCACCGCGACUUCAGCCACACCUGCCACAUCUGUGGGAAGAACUUCCCCGCCCACUCAGCACUGGAGCUCCACAUCCGGAUCCACACAGGGGAGAAACCGUACAGCUGCAGCUUCUGCGGGAAAGCCUUCAACCAGAGCGGGAACCUGAAGAUGCACCUGAAGAUCCACACGGGUGAGCGGGCGUUCUCCUGCAGCCUCUGUGGGAAGGGCUUCACGCAGAAGAACACCCUGGACACACACAUGCGCUUCCACAACAAGGAGCGGCGCUUCCUGUGCCAGGUGUGCGGGAAAGGCUUCAUGCAGGACGUGGACCUGAAGAGACACAUCCUGAUCCACACUGGGGAGAAACCGUACAGCUGCUCCGUCUGCGGGAAGAGCUUCCAGGCCAAACGCUCGCUCAACGGCCACCUGAAAGUCCACUGCAUGGGAGGGGCGGAGCCUGACCAGCGCCUAGAGCAGCAGAGGACAGACACUUUCUACUCGGGCUUCAUCCAGCUGUAGAGGCGGGGGCGGGGCUUAAAGGUGACACUGUUCUGACUGGUUUAUUGGUUUGAUUGACUUUAAUGUCAGCGUCUUCCUUUCUUUGUUCUCUUUGUUCUCUGGUGCUGUUCAAUAAAGUUUAAAUGUAAAAAAACA